AACUAGUCGAUCAGCAUUUUGAGCAAAAGACAACUUUAACUUUACGCAAAAAGAUUUGAUUUUUAACGACACCCAUCUCAUAUUUUUGUGAAAUUCAAGAAUAUUAAGGUGUUUCAAUGGAGAGGUUGAUGAGUUUUCAGGCGAAUUCUGUUCAUGCUGUAUCAAGACGGCAAAGCUCGGUACUAGUUCCUACAUUUUCUCGAAAAAUUAGUAAUACAAGAGUUUCUGUUCAACCAAUUGGAAUGGUGAGGAAUUCCAAAUUGUUUAAUUCCGUUGUUGCUUCAGUUCAGCCAAUUGGAGCCUCUGCUGUAACCCCUUUUGACAACACAUUGCCAUCUAAAGAGGUUCUUGAUGUUUGGCAUAAUGCGAAUGCUGUAUGCUUUGAUGUGGAUAGCACUGUGUGCAUAGACGAGGGCAUUGAUGAAUUUGCGGAGUUCUGUGGUGCUGGAAAGGCUGUAGCGGAAUGGACUGCUAGGGCCAUGAAUGGUUCUGUUCCAUUUGAAGAAGCAUUGGCAGCUCGUCUUUCUCUUAUUAACCCUUCAUUAUCCCAACUCCAGGACUUUCUUAGGAGACCUCCACGACUUUCUCCUGGCAUUGAUCUAUUGGUCAAGAAGCUGAAGGAUAAUGAUAAAGAUGUUUAUCUGGUCUCUGGAGGGUUUCGUCAAAUGAUCAAUCCUGUUGCAUCAAUCCUCGGAGUACCACUUGAAAAUAUCUUUGCCAAUCAAAUACUCUUUGGGAGCAACGGAGAAUAUGUUGGGUUUGAUAAAAAUGAGCCAACUUCAAGGCGUGGCGGAAAGGCUACUGCAGUUCAACAAAUAAGAAAGGCUCAUGGAUACAAGUCACUAGUGAUGAUUGGUGAUGGUGCUACUGAUCUUGAGGCUCGUAUGCCAGGUGGUGCGGACUUGUUUAUUUGCUAUGGCGGAAUUCAACUACGGGAAUCAGUUGCAGCUAAAGCUGAUUGGUUGGUGUUUAAUUUUAAGGACUUGAUUAAUUCAUUGGUGUAAUGUGUUAUUGCAUCUAUACUCUUCCAUCUCUAUUUUGUUUGUGAAGGCUUAUGCAGCAUUAAAUUUCUGUCUUGAUGUCAUUUCGUUUAGGUAGCAGAAAAUACCUUAUAUCAGACA